AUGCCCAUCAUCAGCAAUGCCAACCAUGACUUCAGCAACCUGUCGGUCAGUGAUGACAGCAGUCUGGACCGAAUCUUUACCGAGAUUCCAGAGACCGAGACAAUCAAGGGGGUGUACUACCAGAGAGCUCAGUUCAUCCGUCGGCCAGAGGACCUGGUGUCGGUCGACCAUGCCUUGUUGGCGUUGAUAAACGUUGGAGGCAACCGCUACACGUUUCCCUGGAGCACGCUGCAGCAGUUCCCCCUCACACGGCUUGGCCGCCUUUGUCGCUGUCGGUCGCUCGAGGACAUUGCCAGCGUGUGUGAUGACUACGACGAAGCCAGGAAGGAGUUCUUCUUCGACCGUUCCCCGUCUGCCUUCAGAGUCAUCCUCAACUUUCUGGCAGCAGGGAAACUUCGGCUUCUGCGUGAGAUGUGCAUCCUUUCUCUUCACGACGAGCUGAACUACUGGGGUGUGGAGAUGGCGUACAUGGAGCGGUGCUGUAAGAGGAAGAUGUACACACGCAUCGAGGAAGUGCAUGAGAAAGAGAGGCGGGAGGAGGAGCGUAGGCAGAAAAAUGCCAUGCAGCGAGUGCCAGUGGAGGAAACUCAGUACCAAAAAGUGAUGAACUGGCUGAGAGAUAUGGUGGAGAAUCCUCAGUCUGGCAUACCCGGGAAGAUCUUUGCCUGCUUAUCCGUGAUCAUGGUUGCAGUAACAGUUGUUAGCCUGUGUAUCAGCACCAUGCCUGACCUCAGAGAGGAGGAAGACAGGGGCAAGUGUUCCUCUAAAUGCUACAACAUGUUCAUCAUAGAGACGGUGUGUGUGGCCUGGUUCUCUCUGGAGUUCCUCCUGCGGUUCAUUCAGGCGCGCAGCAAACUGGAUUUCCUCCGCGGGCCACUUAAUAUCAUUGAUGCUAUGGCCAUCCUGCCCUACUAUGUCUCGCUUGUGGUGUCGGAGGAGGAUCCAGCCUCGGAGCAUGAGAGGCCAGGAGGAGGUAAGGGCUAUUUGGACAAGCUGGGCCUGGUGCUGAGGAUCCUGCGAGCUCUGAGGAUUCUCUACGUGAUGAGGCUGGCUCGCCAUUCUCUCGGCCUGCAGACGCUGGGGCUGACGGUCCGGCGCAGUACUCGAGAGUUCGGGCUUCUAUUGCUUUUCCUCUGUGUGGCUGUGACCCUUUUUUCCCCUCUGGUCCAUCUUGCUGAGAGCGAGCUGACAGGUGCUCAUGACUUCAGCAGCAUCCCCGCCUCCUAUUGGUGGGCCAUUAUCUCUAUGACGACUGUAGGCUAUGGGGACAUGGUACCCAGGUCCAUUCCGGGGCAGGUUGUAGCUCUGAGCAGCAUCCUCAGUGGGAUUCUCAUCAUGGCCUUCCCUGCUACCUCCAUCUUCCACAUGUUCUCCCGCUCCUACCAAGAGCUCAAGAUGGAGCAUGAUCGAUUGUUCAAAGAGGAGUGUGCAGCUGCUGCAGCUGCUGCUGCCGCCGCAGGAGAGGGCCAAGAGGCUGAAGGGGAAGAAAAGGAGGAUUCACCUCAAUCUGGCCUGGAAUCACAUCCAGACAAGAACAGUGAGCACUCACUGGAAUCUCUGGCACUGCUCAGUGAAGGGGGCAAAGCCACAGGAAAUUAUAACCACAGUCUUCCACCAGCAGCUUUCUGA